AUGUUCACCAAACUUGAUGAGAAGUUCAAGGAGAAUGUAAAGCUUGGUAAUGAUUCAAGCUUAAAAGUACAAGGAAAAGGAGAUGUCAAAUCUAAAGUUGAAACAGCUUCUAAUAGAAUGUUUUCAUUACAAACACAAGCUGCAUUCACCAAGCAAGAAAGCACUUGGAGAGCAUCAUUAGUAUUACAACUUGUUCAUUCGGACAUUUGUGGACCUAUAAAUCCUAUUUCCAACAGCAACAAAGGGUGUUACAUUACCUUUAUUGAUGAUUAUAGCAAGAAGACUUGGAUAUAUUUCUUAGCUAAAAAGUCAGAAGCUCUGGCUAUUUUCAAGAAGUUCAAAGCUGCUGUGGAGAAGGAAAUUGCUUAUUCACCACAGCAAAAUGGAGUAGCCGAGAAGAAGAAUCGCUUCAUCAUGAACAUGGUCCGUAGUAUGCUCAUUUUGAAGAAAGUUCCUAAAUUUCUUGGUCAGAAGUAG